AUGAAGAUGAUGCUGUCCCAAAAGCAGGCCAUAUUAGGUUUGUUGGGACUGGCAUUCACAAUGCGACUUCCCAUGAUGCUUUUGAAGCAAGAUUUCUGGCGAGAAGACUUUAAUCUUUCACCUGUGACUUUCUCGAACGAAGCCAAUAUUACUUCUGAUGAUGACACUGCAGGGACAAACAGCAGUAUUUUUAAAAGUCAAGUUCUCGAGGAACAAGAGACGAUUGCCCCAGGAUUGUCUCAUUACUCAACAAAGGCAUCACAGGAAUCAUUCAACAUGACAAAAGUCUGGGAUUCAUCUAUCAUGAUCACAUCCAAUUUGAUUCCAACACAUCCAAAUAUUGAUAUGCUCAAGGAUACGAUCUAUUCCUUUUACCAGUUCUUAAAAGACAUCCCUCUGGAUACUCCCAUCUACGUGGUGGUAGAUGGUCUCCCGGAGAAGAAGCUGACGGACGACAAUCGGAUCCGGGAAAAGCAAUACAUUGAAGCUGUCCGAAGUGGCGACUUCAGUCCCUUUACCAAUGUAAUAGUGUCGCCCAUGGGAGUACAUCGAAAUCUUGCUGGCAGUGUCAAGUACACUCUGGAGAACUACAUCCAGACUGAAUUCUUGUACAUUAUCCAACACGAUCUACCAUUCUCCAAUGAGGUGGAUCACUGGAGGCUGCUCAAGACUAUGCGGGAACAUCCCGAUGUUCUAUAUAAUGUUAGAUUUCGGUACAAUAACAAGAAGAACACGAGGGACAGCCAAUGUCGAUCCUAUAAGAACAUGUCGGACUUCCCUGCAAAAGAUUUCAAUGGAUUGGAUUUCUUUUCCGUCAAGGCAUGGAGUGACAACAAUCACUUGACAACAAAGAAGUAUUACACCUUUCUCCUGAGCAAGAUGAAGCAUCAUCGAAGGGCAAUGGAAACGGUUCUGGGGUGGAAGGCUCGAUGGAAUUGCACGUAUUUGGGCCAGCAGAUCUACGGACGUCGUGAUGAUGGUCAGACGCAUAUCUGUCACUUGAAUGGACGAGUUUCGCAAAGUUACAAUGAUGAAAACAAAACGGACAUGACGGGGUGGGAAAGAAAGGCAAUGUGGUGUCGCAAUCAAGUCUAUGGUGGAAUGAAUGGAACUAAUCAUGGACCGUAG